AUGAGGAAUAUAAAAACAAUAGCAAGCACAAUUAAAGUAGGUGAACCCGUUUCAGGAAAAUUGUGGUCUUAUCAUCCACUUUCGCCGUCCGCGCACCUUAUAGAAUAUGAGCUUGAGCAAAAUGAGGUGAGCAAUGGAAUCGUGUGGCACCUUCGCGAUCCUACCAUACUUUAUUGCAUCGAUGGUAUGAAUAAUAGAAUCAUAUCGUUCGCUUAUAAUGUGGUAACAAGAACCAUUACUGGGUACAUUGGUAUCGCCUUUGACUUGCAAUUUUGGAAUAGUAACCAGCAACAUCCUCUCUAUACUGGUCAUGCCAUGCUAGGUCGUAUGACAAUUGACACCAAAGGUCGGAUCUGGGUACCUCUUUAUGAAGGUUCACAUGUUCUUCAAAUUGAUCCACUUAAUAGAGCAGUGCUUCAAGCUAUUCACAUACCUGCAGCCAGAGUGAGCGCAUGCGUUUUCGGAGGUGCGAGCAAAAAUAUUUUAUACGUAUCGACACUGGGAUAUAAUAAUCCUAAAGACCGCCCAGCUGGCGAUCAGGGUGGUAAAAUUUUCGCCGUUACUAAGCUUGGAAAUGACGUGAUGGGACAUUGGGCAAAGGCAUUCGACGUGCCUAAGGGAUACGUGUGA